CGUGACAUUGAAAGCAUGUCGCUGCACGAAUGGUACCGAAGGCGGGAGCGGGGUCUGCCACCGCGCAUUGGCGACACCGACAUGAUCCACCGUACCAUCUUCCGGUCGCUGCAGCCGAAGUUGCUGCCUGACGAUCUGACCCGGCCGUACCGGUGUGGGCAGGACUGUGGCGCUAUUUGCAACCUGGAAUUUUCUCCCGAUGGGACGGUGCUGGCUGCUGCAUGUGAAUACAAAUCCAUCGUAUUGUUCGAUCCACUCACAGAAAAGCAGGUGUGCGCUGUCGACAACGCUCACGAUGGAAGCGUUAAUUGCAUCAGAUUCGUGGACAAUCGUACCUUUGCCAGCUGCUCGGAUGACACCACGGUUGCGUUGUGGGAUUCGCGUAACCUGUCCACGAAGCUGCGCACACUGAACGGCCACAGCGGUUGGGUGAAGAACAUCGAGUACGCGAAACAGGCCGGUAUUCUCAUUUCGUCCGGACUGGACGGUUUAGUGUACGGUUGGGAGUUAAACAACAGCACGGAGCAGGGCUGUACGUACCAGCGGUUGCUCUACAUGCCGGGACUGAUGCGGUGUCGGUUGGCACCGGAUGGAACGCGCCUAGUGCUCUGCACGAGCAGCGGUUACUUAAUGCUUGUACACGAUCUGCACUUUCCCAGCUUGGCCGGCGAUCUCGUCGACUUUCGCCCAAACAUUCACCGACUGAAUCUGAUGCGUAAGCAACGGAUCCCGUGCGCUUCCCGCAAGACUCCCGCGGUCCCCCACAGCAGAAAGAGAAAUCGUAUUGAGUUUGUGAGCGACUUUCCACCCGGGGACGAUGCGGAAAUGAUUAGUGGAUUGACGAUACAUCCUCAAGGCUGGUGCGCUCUUAGUAGAAAUCUAUCCUACGACGAAAAAACCGAGUGGUCCGUAGUACAUGAUAUACAAAGCUGGAGUGAAGAAGAAGACGACACUCGUACGGAUCAAGAGAACCUGCACCCGGAUGAGGAAGAACAAACUGAGACGGAGCAGGAUCAGGAUCAGCAGCAGGAAGGAGAUAAUCACAACGGUUUUGUGGAAGACAAGAAGCAACAAAGCAACGGAAUUGUUCUGAGUGAAACGACCUGGUGCAAUAGCAGCACUAUGCAGCGGAAUGUAAUCACCAAUGUUUUUCCGAGUCAUUCUGGCGCGUCGUGUCUAAACCUCGCACAUACACCACACUUAAGACUGCCACCAAACGGAACCAACGUGGAUGGAGGCAAUGUAACCACCAUCAGCAACGAGAAGGCUGUGUGGCCACCGGAAACAACCGUGGCGAGGAAACGUACGGCCAAACACGUGCCAGCCGACGGUACCCGGCUGCUCUACUACAUCCAAGAAUCGAACAAGGUGGAGGGCUAUAUGCGGGAGGCGUGCUUUUCACCCGACGGUAGGGUCAUAUGUUCGCCGCAUGAUGAUUACGGUGUGCGGUUGCUAGCGUUUAACGAGCAAUGCAAUGAGAUGCAGUACGCUCGGCAGUACGUUAGCAACGGUAGCGAACCGGAGAUCCUGCGGGAGCUACAGUACAAGCCGUGCCACCCGCACAUUGUCAUUAGCAGCCAGUUUAGCCCGCGGUUCCCAUUGCUCGUUACCGGCUGCCUGUUGGGUAAUGUUGUCUGGAAUCUGCCGGUGUUAAGUUGA